AUGACAGUAGCUGGCAUCAUUAAAUUAUCCGCCGUCUUGUCUCGCACUCGUAUGAACGGAGCAACUCAAACCUUCCGCCGUCCGUCCCUUGCAACCAACAAUUCCCACACCCGAGAGAACGUCCAAACCACGUCUUCCACCUCUACCCCGACCGUUGCGGCCUAUAUUCCCCCUCAUCUUAGUUCUAAUUAUCAGUCGGGCUCCCCGCGUACCAACGCCAAUGAUAGCAGGUAUUCAAAGGACCAACUUUUAAGUCUCUACAAGAGUCAGCAGGACCAGGGGAGCUGGAGGAAACAUAUAUCGGAUUAUUUUAUGGCCGAUUGGAACCCCAGUGAUGAAAUCCCCGUGUCUGUCAAUGGCAGUUGGAAUAAACGCGAGGAUCUUAAAGAAAGCAGCACCACUCGUCCCGAGGUUUGCUGGGAUCACAGCGGACAGGUUCAGCCUUUGGCUUUGACUGAAAUGAACGAUGAAGAAAAAGACUUAUUCUCUGGCUCUAUCAACUCACCGCUGAAACCCCCUCCCCAAAGUGGGUCAAAGGAUGCCGCCGGUGCCAGCGGCAAUCCUCCUCGUAAAGGGUCCGUUUCCCAUGCCCAGUCCCAUCUUGGAUCCUUCAACACGUCAUCCCCUGGAUCUGCACGAACCGCCCCGCGACGCCGUGGGACCGGCGAUUCAUCAGCUAAUCCCAUGUCGCCCACGGCUACUUCUCGGUUUUUCCGCGAUGAGACGAAUGUGUCAUCCCCGCCACCCUCUCUGCUCCGCCGAAAGACUGACUUCCGGGAAGCGGAACCGAAAUCGGAUGAGAAGGAUAAAGAAAAUAAUGGUCGUGAUGCUGGUCUUGAAUUAAGUUCUCCAUUUGGGACCCUGAAGCGUAGUGCCACGGGGCCUGUCGGCUCAAUUCCAAGCUCCUCUGUUUCCCCAUGGCCAUCCUCAUCCCACAGCUCGGCAUUUUCGCCAAUGGGUGCUUUUGGCAGCUUUUCGUUGGGACCGAUAAGCAGUAAUACUGGAACUAACGACAAGAAGCCUGGUUUCAGUAGCCUGCGGGGAGAAAGUCGGUUUAAGGGUCUGUUGUCUAAAGAUAGCUCAGAUGAUGUUGGAUCCAGCAUGAAAGAAAAACCGUCCCUAGCUCCACUGGAAAGUCUCUCCGAAGUUGAGGAUUCUAAUCCUCCGCCACCACAACAACAGCAACAACCGUGGGGAGAAGCCAUAAAGACCCGCCCAAAUCGCAGUGAAACCAACCCCUUCGGUGAUGAGCCGCGGAGUGGAAGCGCGGCCCUUGGUGGUCAAGACCUAGACGCUCCCACCGCUACAACCUCUGCCUCGGGGAUCGAUCAGUUCGGACUUUCCUUCGGAAUGACAUCGAAUGGCCCAAGCUUCCGAGAUAUCGUAGGCAAUCAGCAAAGCCAACCACCCCAAGCUCCCAAUAAUCAUGUCCAUGAGCCAAUGAGCCCAACUAAUACGAACCCUUACCAAAGCCCACAUGGCGAGAGGGCAGAUACUGACGACAUCGAUACGGACGGUUCUGAUAUCCAACAUGCCCACCUCCCCGGCCUGAGUGACAUCCCUGAAGAUCCUGGAAUGGCCGGGUUUGGUUCUAUUCGUCGAGGUGGGUCUGCGGUAGACCAGCCAGCGGGUGAUCGUAGUCAAACAUCAAGCGUUGGUGCAGGUCGGGGCUUCCCCAGCCUGACUAGUCUGGGUGGCCUGUCAUCUCUCGGAUCUGCUGGAGGCUGGCCUACCAGCGCAACUACUGGCACUCCCACGCGAGAACGAUCUGGCUUUGCGUCCGGGUUUGGCGAUCCUAUUUUUGGAUCAAUGGCAGAUUUACAAUCCCCAAGCCUAGCGACUCUUGGAGGAGGGGGCUUUUUUGGGUCGCAUACCAGCCUUUCCAGUGCGGGUCGCACAAGUAAAAUGGGAUCGCUAUUUCCUCCAGCAAUGCAAGACCAAUUACGUGAUGAACAAGCGCGCCCGGAUUCCACUGGAAUUGAAGGUUCAAUGAAACAUCAGGGUGAGAACGGGAAUGUUUCUGGCAGCAGCCCAUUUGACAGUGGUAUUUCGAGGAGAGACAAUGAACAAGCUACUCGCGCUGGAGGUAUAUUUUCUCCUCUUGGCGGCCUUGACCUUGGAAGGGAGGCUUUUCUAUCCGGUGAUAAACCUGUCCCAGGAACUCAGCCGAUUUCGGUUGCAUCUUCUCAUCCAUCUGCGCCAUCUGCCGCUGUACAAACCUCAAUUCCAGCCGCCCAAGCCUCCGUGGAAGGCACCUCCCAACCCAGUCAGAGUCAUUCUAGUGCGAGUUCGUCAAACACCCAGCUGCCGGCAACCCAACAGCGACAAAUGGUGAUGCCAGAUCGCAUGCGCUGGAUCUACCGCGAUCCCCAGGGUAACACCCAGGGACCGUGGUCUGGACUCGAGAUGCAUGAUUGGUUUAAAGCAGGUUUCUUUACGGCGGAGCUCCAAGUGAAGAAGUUAGAGGAUGCGGAGUACGAACCACUUGCUCAACUUGUUCGACGUAUAGGCAACUCUCGAGAACCGUUUCUUGUACCUCAGAUUGGCGUUGCUCACGGGCCACCUUCCAAUCAGCCUGGCACCUGGGGCUCAUCGGCAUCGCAAUCUGGUGUCGCGCAGCCUCCGUUCCCCACCAGCUUUCCCAGCUUUGGCACAACACUAACCGCGGACCAGCAAAAUGCGCUGGAAAGGAGAAAGCAAGAGGAACAGUAUUUGAUGGCAAGGCAGAAAGAACAUCUGGCCCAGCAACAAGUCCUUAUGAAACAGAUGGCUAUGCAAAAUCCUUCUCAUGCUGCCAUGCAUCCCCAGCUGCAACAUCACUCAAGCGCUCAUAGCCUCCAGAGCCAACCAAGUUUUGGCAGCAUCACCUCACCAGGAGGGUACCACCCCUCACCAAUCCAGGGACCCAUUCAGCCACCUCAAGCCAUACCUGGUUAUUUCGAACCCACCAUGCGACAAGCGAAUGUGCCCAGUGUUCCUCCUCAAAUGCUUCCACAGGACAUCAUGGCUGGCCAAGAAGAGCUGCCGAGUUUGGUUGACCGCUUGAAUAUCAAUCGCCCAUCUCAGUUCCCUUUCAAUAGUGGCCCUUCUUUCCGAGCAAGGCAGCAAGAAAAUGUCGCGCAACCCCAGCAAAUUGCUACCAUGCUCCAAGACAGAGCUCGCUUACAGCAGGAACAGGAACAAUUUGACAAAAAUAAGGGCGAUUCGAUUUUUGACCAACAAGCUCGCGACGAACGUCUCCGGCAGUUUCAUGCUUUAAGACGUCAGACAGAUGAUGAUAUUGUUAGAAGGACUGAGGGUCUUCCGACACAUCCCCCGGCAAUGCCAACUGGAGAUGAAUUUGAACGCCAUGUUGAUAUUUCUAAACCUGCAAUGCAACAACCUCCCAAACAGGAACACGUCCAGCAACGAGCGCCAGAACCCCUUUCUCUUUCUCAACAAGUGCGAAAAGCCGCAUCUGCUCAACGGCAGCAACAGCAGCAACAGCAACAGCAACAGCAACAGCAGACACAGACUCCGACUGUGCAAGCUGAGUCUCCGUGGCCUAAAGCGGAUAGUGGUAUGCCGCAACCAUUCCCACCACCGCCUCCAUCGCAGUCUCCCCUCCCCGCUCCUGCUGCGCAACGUAAUCGACAAAAUGUUGCAGAUACUCUAGCAGCAAGCUCUAGGUCGCAAAGCCAGACCCCAAUUGAGAAUCCAUCCACAUCGGUCGCUCCGUGGGCAAAGGAAACCAUUGAGGCACCAAAAGGUCCUUCUUUGAAGGAAAUCCAAGAAGCCGAAGCUCGCAAGGCUGCCAAACUCGAAGAAGCUGCUGCAGCUGCGAGGCGUGCACUUGCAGAACAGGAACGGGCAAAUCAACCUCCACCUCCAGCUCCAGGACUACCAUCCACAGCAAACUGGGCGAGCAGCGGGUCUCCCGUCACACCCCCAUCUGCUACGGGGUCAGUAUGGUCGAAGCAGGCUGCAGGCGGAAAACCACAAUCCGGUGCCCCCACUUCCGCUCCUAAAAAAACUUUGGCGCAGAUUCAAAAGGAAGAGGAGGCACGCAAGCAGCGUUUAGCUGUAGUAAACAAUUCUCAAGCUGCUGCUGUAAACUCACCUGUCACUUCUGCGGGCAAGCGUUAUGCCGAUCUGGCAAGUAAGGUUGCACCACCAACUGCCCCCGCAGGAGCGUGGACGACAGUUGGUGCUGGUGGAAAGGCAAAGCCUCCACCCACCGCACCAGCUGGACCUAGGGCCAUCCCUGUUGCCCCUGCUGCGGCGACGAGACCUAGGCCGACAGUCCUCACAAGACCGUCUGCGUUGAGUUCUGCGCAGUCGGCGAAUACGAAUAGGCCCGUUGAAGAGCUUACGAAGUGGGCUAAGAACGCCUUGGGCAAUGGGUUCGGCACCGUGCAGGACUCCAACGGCUCGGAUGGCUGGAACGAGGUUGCCAAGAAGGGAGGCCAAUCGGCUACCCAUCGCGAGGACACGAGCAAUGCGCCGUUCAAGGUUGUGGCCGUGAAGAAGAAGGGGAAGCGCAAUAGUGUUUUAUUUGACUGA